AUGGAGGCAUCAAACAAACCCACUGCUAUAACCAAAUUUACCAAAACAGUUUAUGAAGCUAUCAAUUUCAAGUCAGCCAAAAAAAACCUCUCAAACAAUAGCUUUUGCUUGAUCAUCCCACAAAAGAAACGCGGAGAUUGUGAUGAAUCAGAAUCGAGAAAGAGAGCAGCCAUGCAAGCUUUUGUAUCAAAACUUUUUGCCACCAUUUCAACUAUCAAAGCUUCUUAUGCUGAGUUACAAAUGGCCCAGUUUUCGAACCACAACAUUGAGGCCAUCCAAUCUGCAGACCAAGUUGUAGUAGAUGAAUUAAGAACACUUUCAGAAGUAAAGAAUAGCUUCUUGAAAAAACAAAUAAAAUCAUCACCACCCCAUGUCACUUUUUUACUUACAGAAAUCCAAGAACAACAUUCUCAUAUGAAGAUGUAUGAGAUCACAAUCAAGAACUUGGAAGCACAGAUUGAGGUCAAAAAAGAAGAAUUGUCAGCUCUUCAAGAGAAUCUUCGAGAAACGACUUUGAUCAACAAGGCACAUGCACAAAGACUAAAUUCAGGUGGGCGUUUUUCAAUUCUUGAUAAUAUUGUAUUGUCUUCUUCUUCCAACCCUAGAGAUUUCAUUUUGGUUCUCCAGUAUGCAAUGAAAUCAGUGAGAGAGUUCAUCAAUAUUUUAGUGAAUCGAAUGGAGAUUGCUAAGUGGGACAUUGAUAUUGCAGUGAAUGCAAUACAACCCAAUUUUCAAUUCUCAAACAGAACACAAAAAUGGUUUGCUUUCGAAUCAUUUGUAUGUCAAGAAAUGUUCAAAAAUUUCGACACUCCUGGCUUUUCUCUACAAAAUGGUCAGUGUAUACCAUACUACAUUGAUCAAUUUACGAAACUAAAAUCAGCAAAUGCAACUCAUUUUUUUAAUCAGUAUCCCAAUUCUUCAUUCGGAAAGUUCACCAGAUCAAAGUAUCUUCAAUUAAUUCACCCAAAAAUGGAAGCUUCAUUUUAUGGAAAUCUGAAUCAGAGAAAGCUUGUGAAUUCUUGGGGGUGCCCUGAAACUACAUUCUUUGCAGUUUUUGCUGAAAUGGCUAGAAGGGUGUGGAUUUUACAUUGUUUAGCAUUCACAUAUAAUCAAGAAGUGAGUGUUUUUGAAGUGAAGAAGAACUGCAUGUUUUCGGAAAUGUACAUGGUGAGUGUGACUAGUGAAGUGUUUUUGGCUGGAAAUGAUGAGGUUACCGUGGGAUUCAUGGUGGUUCCGGGGUUCAAGAUUGGAAAGAUGGUGGUUCAAAGUAAGAUUUAUCUAGCUGCAGCGAAAAUUUAA